UGAUAAACUCCAAGCCGAAUCCACGUUGACCAAGUCAGCAAACCUCCCAAAUGAGGAGUAAACUGUUUUCAUUUCUAAUGUAAUAAUUUAAAAUGAAAUUACAAAAUGUUAGAUAAUAGUUUAAUCGAGAAUAUUACUGUAACAUUGCAUUAAAUUACUCAAUCUAAACGAAUGAAAAUAUCUACUGGAAUUACAAUGAUAGCAACAAUCAAGACUUUAUUCCUGUUGAGUUUCUGUAUGACUGUGGUCAUUACUUCUAUUUUUUUUUUAAUUGGAGUAUACUGGCGAUGGAGAUGUUCUAGGAAACGUGGAGGAAAAAAUUCUUCUAAAACAGUUAUUGGAAUUUUCCAUCCCUAUUGCAAUGCUGGAGGUGGCGGGGAAAGAGUAUUAUGGGCAGCUAUCCAAGCUCUUCAAAAAGAAUAUUCUGAUGCACACAUAGUCGUAUAUACUGGAGAUCUUGAAGUAGAUCCUGGAGAAAUCCUUAACAGAGUGAGAAGAAUAUUUCACAUAGAACUUAAUCCUAUCGAAUUUAUCUAUCUGCAUAAACGUAAAUGGGUUGAAGCUGAAUGUUAUCCAGUAUUUACUCUAUUAGGCCAAAGUAUGGGUUCUAUAAGACUUGGAUUCGAAGCUCUCCAAGCUUUAGUACCUGAUAUUUUUAUCGAUACAAUGGGUUAUGCCUUUACGUAUCCAUUAUUUAAAUACAUUGGUGGCUGUAGAAUUGGUUCAUAUACUCAUUAUCCAACAAUUUCUACUGAUAUGUUAAGACAUGUUUAUCAUCGAGUCAUUUCGCAUAAUAAUCAUCGAGUUAUUGCAAGAAAUCCUAUUUUAACAGGUGCAAAGAUAAUCUACUACCACAUUUUUGCAUAUAUGUAUGGCUGGGCAGGAAGACGAGCAGAUAUAAUAAUGGUAAAUUCAUCGUGGACAGAGGAUCACAUUAAUGCUAUCUGGAAAUGCCCGCUAAAAACAUUCAGAGUUUAUCCUCCAUGUGAUAUUGAGAGAUUAGUAGCUCUACCACUGCUAAAGAGUGAUGAAAAAGAUGAUUACAUUAGAAUAGUAUCUGUAGCACAAUUUAGGCCUGAGAAAAAUCAUCCUUUGAUGCUUCGAAUUUUAUACGAACUUAGAUCUAUUAUUAAAGAAGAAGUUUGGGAAAAGGUUCGUCUAAUUUUAAUUGGAUCAUGUCGCAAUGAAGAAGAUCGUAAACGUGUAAAAGAUAUGCAAGAUUUGUCUAAACAUUUAGCUGUAGAUGAGAAUGUAGAAUUCAGGAUAAAUAUUCCUUAUUUGGAAAUGGUAAGAGAAUUACAGUUAGGAACUAUUGGACUCCAUACAAUGUGGAAUGAACACUUUGGUAUAAGUGUUGUCGAAGGAAUGGCUGCUGGACUUAUUAUGAUUGCACAUGAUUCUGGUGGUCCGCGAGCUGAUAUUAUUGAAACACAGCCUGGCAGUCAAACAGGCUUUCUAGCUGUUGAAGCUGAAGAAUACGCGGCAAUAAUGGCAUUAAUUUUCAAAAUGACUCCGGACGAAAAAGAUGAAAUAAGAAAUGCUGCCAGGGCAUCAGUUAGAAGGUUUUCAUCCCAACAAUUCGAAGAUGAAUUUCUUCGCACUGUGAAGCCUCUCUUUAGAGCCAAACAAGAAAAAUGAUGAAAAAUUUUUUGGUACCAUGGAAUUUAACAAUACAUAUAUAACUCAAACAUGAUAUAUCAUUCGAAUUUACCAUUUAAUGGAAGUAUUUAUUAAUAAUACGACACUCAUUUACAUUUCAUCCUGUAUUUAUGAGACUGCAACCCUU